AUGUUGGUAAAACAUAAACAAAGUGGAACAUAUUUUGCUAUGAAAAUACUUGAUAAACAAAAAGUUGUUAAACUAAAACAAGUAGAACAUACAUUAAAUGAAAAACGAAUACUUCAAGCAAUUGAUUUCCCUUUUCUCGUCAAUAUGCAAUAUUCUUUUAAAGAUAAUUCAAAUUUAUAUAUGGUGCUUGAAUUUGUAAGUGGUGGAGAAAUGUUUUCACAUUUACGUAGAAUUGGACGUUUCUCGGAGCCUCAUUCACGUUUUUAUGCAGCCCAAAUUGUUUUAGCUUUUGAAUAUUUACAUUCUUUGGAUUUGAUAUAUAGAGAUUUAAAACCAGAAAAUUUGUUAAUAGACAAUAAUGGAUAUUUGAAGAUUACAGACUUUGGUUUUGCUAAACGGGUUAAAGGAAGAACUUGGACAUUAUGUGGUACUCCAGAAUAUUUAGCACCAGAAAUUAUUCUUUCUAAAGGUUAUAAUAAAGCUGUUGAUUGGUGGGCAUUAGGUGUUUUAAUUUAUGAAAUGGCUGCUGGUUAUCCACCAUUUUUUGCUGAUCAACCAAUUCAAAUUUAUGAAAAAAUUGUUUCUGGAAAAGUUAAAUUUCCCUCACAUUUCUCAAAUGAAUUAAAAGAUUUAUUAAAAAAUUUACUUCAAGUAGACCUUAUAAAACGUUUUGGAAAUUUAAAAAAUGGUGUUGCUGAUAUUAAAAAUCAUAAAUGGUUUGGAUCUGUUGAUUGGAUUUCUAUAUACCAAAGAAAAGUUCAACCGCCAAGUUUUGCUUCAACUUGUUCUGCCAAAACUGCAAAUCAAACAAAAAUUCGUGGGGGUGGACGACUUUUUGAGGCUCUUUAUCCAAAAAUAACAGGACCUGCAGAUACUAGACAUUUUUCUGAACCUGUUGAUGAAUCUCUUUCUAAAUUAAUUAUUAGGGAAGAGGAUAUUCAUGCCGAAAAAUUUGCUGAUUUUUAAAUGGUUAUUUUUUUCUUGUUGGUGUUUUGUUUAAAAUAUUUUUAAAAAAUUUUUUCCAAUUUUCUCUAAAUAUUCAUAAAUUAAUUUUUUAUCAAUUUUAUUUUUUUUCACAGAUUGAAACACCUUUUAAACCAAAGUGCCGCGGUCCAAAUGAUUCCAGCAACUUUGAAGAAUAUGAUGAAAUUUUAUUAAACAUAUCUUCUAUAAAUAAUUAUUUUAAUGAAUUUGCUG